UAUGUCAGAUCGCCUAAAACCGUAGUGUUGUGCAUCUCCCUACUCAUCUCUAGUACUACGGGGACUCAACAGUGAAUGUAUUGGUCGACGUGUGACGUGUCGAAGUGCCCGAGUACUGCUGUCCCUGCCUGUCGGCCGUACCAGGAACUAGCCGAGGACGUCGCAUACACACAUGAAACAGCUUAUAUGUAUAUACUAUCCGAGUGCACUGCCUCAAGCGAUUGUGCAGCAGUGUUGAGCAGAGCAGGGUGCAGAAAGUGUGGGCUGCUGCGAAGUCAUACCAAGUCAUACCAAUCCGUAUUCGGAGAUAGAAGCACACGUCAUAUCAGAGAACGUAAAGUAGUGUCACUUUUGAAAAAUUCAACGAGACUUGAGCAGAGCAAACACACCACAUAGUUCACUGUUACCGGCUAUCAAACUGGUUGCUGGUGAAAAACGCUGCUGUACGGAACGCAGUGACGAUUCUUUUGGGGAUGUAGUGUAUUUUAGUUGUAGUAUAAAGCGUGAUAUUCACGAUCAAGGCUCAGUGAGAAAGUAAGAGAAAAAACUACGUAUAUUACCAGACACGAUAUGACGGACAGUGGAGCUGUUUAUCAACCUACCACUGUAGGAUAUACAUACGAUACGGGUGGCGAUGGCGGUGGCGGCGGUGGCCGAGUCGUUGGCGGCUUCCUGGGGAUACUUUCUAGAAAUAAAGUCAGCUCCAGGAAGUGGCUUGAGUGGGCUCUACUACUCAUCGCCCUAGUGGCGCUUGUAUCUGGACUCACGACUAUGCUUGUCAAUCUGGUCUCGGUGGAGAACGCGCACAAGGUGCCCGAAGCUAACACACCCGAAGCUGAUUCUGGUGUGACGGGAGAGCGCGGUGAUAAUGGAUCGAGAGGUUCCAUUGCAGCAGGUGCGGCACUUAUGUUGGUUGGAGUUCUUGCAGGCUGCGCUUGGGCAUGGCUCAGAUUUUUCCGUCCCAGCAAAUCACCACGCAGCGGCCUGUCAGGUGGCAGUGGACAGAUGUUGGGCGGUUUGAAUCCAUCGACUGACUUGCUGGUGGGUUCCACUUCGCAGUACGGGCCUGUACUCACGGAGCUGCCGAGUCAACAGGUGAACGCGCACGAGACACCGGCGAUACCACUCUCCGAUCAGGAGGAAGAGACGCGCACUCUUAUGCAAGAAUCGGCUGCGCCCGUUGGAUCAUCGGGUGGUGCUCAUGCCAUCGCUAACCAGAUUCCAGGAUGAGUACGAAACACUAACAGAUCUCUGAGUACUAUAGUGCAGCGAAGGGUGGACUUUGCUUAAUUUGGCAUCCAUACAAGUUGCUGGUCCUCUUGGGUGAAAAAAGCUUGUGUUUCUCCACUUGCCAAUUAUUCCUCGCUCUUCUGUUCGUCCAUCCGUAUGGAUUCUGUAAUCCUUGACGUUUUUACUUUUAAUUCCACUUUGACUUUCUUCACCUACAAUCAAGUCCGUCUCGAGGCAAUCUCGCUAUUUUGCACCUAGUACCGAAUUCGUAGAUUCAAGAUUACUUACAUCAGGCAUUAAAAUUCUGCCUCCUUGGUAGGCCAAUUAUGUCGGUAUUUCGUACCGAAUAAUAAUAUGGAAUUCGCGUAGUGAUAAAACCAGAACUUUUAGUGCACCGGCAGACCUCAGCCUUUUUAAUCCUUUCCCCCCCGCCCAAACUAUGCAAAUUUCUUUUCUCGAGUUUGCAUGUAAUGUCCACUCCGUCCAUCGUUAUUGACAUACCAUUAGGUAAAGAAAACUUACCACAUAAAUCAUGUAUUUAGCGCUAAUAUGGAGAACUGUACGUUUGUCGGACAUGUACCGUAUUUUAAGUAAGUACCGUAUACGCAAAACAAAUAAACGACUGAAAGAAUA